AUGACAGGCAUAUCUGAAACCGGAUGCCGCCAACCAAAAAUUGCACAGUCAGUUCAUUUUCGUCUUACCUCGGCCAUUGCGCACUUCCAUAAGAAACGACGUCUGUAUACAGCCAGCUAUGGGCCUUCUGGUUGCUGCACAUCACAUUUAAAAUCACCCGCCACUUCGCAUCUCGGCGAGUGCACGUCGCAUUCAGUUUUCUCAAGUCAACGCGAAUAUGAGCACCAUUUGCUAUCGCAUCACUUGCUACGAUCCGUCCCACUCCCGAGUCAACAAUCAUCGUCAACCAAAGAGGAGUGCAAAUUCUCAACCUUCCACGCGCCCAUCAAAUGGAGUGUUUAUCAAUCAGUUGUCAACCUUCCAGCGAUCCUCAACGAUCCCAGCCAUAGACAGACUGAUAUCUUCGCUCGCACCUGGGGUGAAAACUUCGAACGCACCGAGGUAACUCCUUCUCCUCGACUGCCGGUGAUAGACGAGAGACACUUCCAUGAGUAUCUGAAAAAAUUGGACUCUCGCAGAGCCUGUACAAACACCACAACCCCCCUUUCACGACAUGCUUUUUUGCGGACUGUACAUGAUGCAGGUCUACCGCAGCGGUCCCUGGUCCAUCGCUCAGCAACGAGUCACACAAAUUUCGUCUCUCUGGACACUAUUCCUUCCAUGCUGUUUGCUUCAAACUUCAGUCUUCGAGAUUGGAAUACUUUCUCUCAACUCAUUCCGCUGCAUCCACGCCCCGCACCUGGUGAUCGUUCCAUCGGGCGCACGACCGUACUCGACGAGUAUGUUGAUUUGCCCAAUCAAAAAGAUGACUUCCUUGCACAACAUGAUCGAUUGGCCAACUAUUUAGACAUUGUCGAAGUUCAUCUAGCCGAGCAGGUUUCCAGAAAGUCAUCUAUGUUUUUCGAAGCAGUUUGCUGCCACGAUGUUGUCCGAGAGCAGUUAUGCCUGGCUUUUAAUCAAGUCAGGCGCGUACAAGAUCAGCUUCGUCGAAUCGACUCAAACAUCACGCAGCCAGGGAUGCGACUCCAUCGACUGGUCAGACGACGAGCAAACUAUCGGUUGUUGUUGAGAAAGCUCAAAACCAUCGCAAGUCUUCAAGCCGCCCAGCCAACUAUCCAGCUGCUGCUACGUGGAAGCGAUUUCUGUGCGGCUCUAGAGCUUGUCACUUCCACACAAGACCUACUGGAAGCACUGAAUCGACCCAUCGCUACAGCCUCGUUUGACUCUCCUACUCCACCACAACAAAUUGCCUGCCUCAAACAUCUGGACGCACAGAUGCUUGAGAUCGCUCGACUUGUUCGUCACAUGAUAGAAGCAGAGUUUGAGGCUGCCCUUCGACAACUUUUACGUCCCCAAUCUGUGGACCAGCCAGACUCCAGCUCGGAUCUGGUGUCCUCCCUGCUGGGAUUAUUGCUCAUCAAACGCCAUGAUUUUGUGAACGCUUUCCGAGCGGAACUGAUUCAUCAAAUCAAACAGCAACAUCUGGAUCUAACUGAUUCUUCUCCCAGAGAACAUGACAUUAACAAAUCUGAUUUGGUGGCUAAAGACAGAAUGCGAUAUUUACCAAACAAGCAAUGGCUGAAGCUUGUCGAGUCCAGAUGUGCCGAAAUAAAGCAACUCUUGGCACGAGGAGAAGACAUCGUGGCUUUGCUGGUGGACGCUAUGUCGCGGUGUUCCUCCUCGUCCUCCAUUUGUUCCUCUUCUCGGCUAAACACUACCUUGACACUAACGGAAUUAGAAUACCUCACAGCACAACUUCAUCUUGCUAUCCGCAGUGCUUGUGGGGUAGCACAAAGCAACAUCGUUGAUCUUGUCAGUUCACGCGAACAGUCGUCGGUUUCGGAUGUCCCCAACGGCCUCUGCGCUUCAUCCGAGACAUUUGCCAAAAGUGAUUCUUCUCUUUUGGACAAGCUUUCCCUCGAUGAGUUUAUACGAUUGCUCACUGUGCUGGAAGAUCUACUGGAAUUUAUCGAGCGCUCUCCAACUCGAUGUCUACCCAGUUCCGCCCAAUUGAAUGGCUCCAUAGCAAACGAACUUCCCAUGGGUGUCAACGAUCUCACUGAUGACCACUCUGGGAAAUUCCGUAUGGAUGGGCUGACUCGGAUUAUUGUUCAUCUAACUCGGAGAAUGGUGAAUCGAUUUCACAUGGACCGCGUCUCCAAGUUGGAGCUGGUGUUGAACCAGGAGCGCUGGCAAGCUGUUCCGGUGCCAACCUGUGUACAACAACUGGUGACCCAAGCAUUUGACCUUGAAGAGCAGAAUGGACCAAGAACUGAGCCUGUCCCCUCUGAUCUUGUCCUUAAUCCCCCGGUCUCUACACUUCGGUCCUCAUCGAAACCCCUGUUCGAAUUAACGGGCAGUCUGGAUGUACUUGGAACAGAUGGACAAGUGAGCUCCUAUUUGCUUUUCGGCGGGGAGCGUUUUGUUGUCGUCGGCGCCGUUUUGAUGUUGCUCCCUAUACUUGUGGACUACUACAAUCUGGGGGAACAGUUACCCUGCAGACCUGGGUCUGUGCUCGAGGUGAUCAACCGCGUAGCUGAGCUGCUGAACAUGACGUCAAACUGGUCUACUCAUUUCAUCCAGACCAACUACAAAUGUGCCAGGGAAACAUCUGUGAAGACCUAUCUGAUAGCUGGGCGAGAAAGCUGAGUGCCAACGUGCGCGUGUUCACCUCAAAUCGUGCUUGGGACACACCCUGUGAGCGUGUUACCAGGGCCCAGCCGAUAGCUGAUGAAGUCGCGC